AUGAUAUUAGCCAUAGGUACCAAUGCAGGAACUGUUUAUCUAUGCAAUAGGAAAAAUGCAUUGCUGCAGCGUUUAAGAGCACAGAAUACAAAUGAUGGCAUUGCUAGUAUAAAAAUAUACUCUUCGGCCAUCGAUACUAUGGUUGCCAUGGGAACCACCAGUGGCACAGUUCUAAUCUAUCAGCUCCCGUCAGCAAUACCAGGACCUGGCCAUAGAAAACAGCUGGAAAAGUUUGUGAUAUCAGAGAUUCAUCACCAGCCGGUAGUUACAAUGGAGUGGAGUGUAAAUGGCAUGCGUCUGUUCAGUGGUGACCUGGAAGGCUUGGUAGUUCACACACAGCUGGAUUUUACCGAGCAUGUGUGCCGGUCAGGGGAGCUGUUGAGGGAGACGCAUGAGAUAGUCCAACUGAGUUACAGUCACAAGAUCCUGCUCGUGUCGACAAAGCGGCGAAACGUCCUGUUUGACAUAGAAUCCAGUCAAGCCACGCAGAUUGGCCGACAAGAGAGAAAAAACGUUGGUGACUUCGGCGCCGUGUUCCGGCCGGGGCCGUGCAAGCCAAGCGAGCUGAUGGCGUACGUCGCGCGCCCCGGCCUGCGCGUGUGGAAGGCUCGCAGCGACGACGGCAGCGUCAUGGAGACGCUCCUCCUCCGCGACGCUCUGCAGACGCCUCACGCUGCCAUCCCGCUGCUCGGCGUGAUGCCGUCACGCACCGCCGCCGCCGCCGCGGGGAGGGAACAAUUCACCCGCCUGCUGUUCUACGAUGAGCGCUACCUGGUGACGAACAGCGGAAGCACGCUGUUCGUCGUCGACCCGGCGCGGAACGUGCUCGUCGGAACGUGCAGCGAUCUGAAGAACAUCGUGGCAUUGUGCACGUGUAAGGACGAGAUAUUCGUGCUGCUGCCGAACAGGGAGGUUGUCAGGCUGGCAGAGAAGGCAGACACACAGUUAGCAGACGCGACGUCGUUUGGCAAAGGUUCGGCGAUGCUACUGAAGGGAGAUGCGCAGGGCAAGCGCUCCUUCUCACCGCUCAGGUCGGCUUCUCCUUUCGCGAGCGUCAGAGGGAGCUUCCUGAGCAGCUUCAUCGGCGAAUCGGACUGCGAGAAAAGCGCGGCGACGGCCGCCACCGACAGCUCGGAGACAUCCUCCGCUUCGAUCAGCAUAGCCGUGUGCAGUCGCGCCUCCGUCGCCGAAUAUCUAGACGUGCUUCCGCCCGUCGUCGUUCUCGAGUCUGGUCAGAUCACGCCGCUAGAGACGUCACUGACUAGUUCCGACCUGCAGGAGAGCGGCAACAGUGAAGCGGAGGCGGCGAGCGCUACCGCUGAGACGGAGACGAACACGGACGAUAAGAUCGCGGAGAAGCUGUACGCGAUCGGGCGGCAGCGGUUCGACAACGACAUCAUCUACCAGAGCGGCGGCGCGAAUAAGACGAAAAAGAAGAAGCGGUCGCCAGAGAGUUCGAAAGCGACGUUGAGCGUCGGCAAGGCGAUCGAUGAUGGCAGCCGAAACGCGUCGGCGGAAGAUGUGGCGGCCGCCGGCUCGCAGUGCGCUACGGAAGACGACGAAACCCGUGGAGACGAAGAACAGACGCACGUGCCAAACGCGGAGGGAAGCAGUUCAGCUACGUCUAGUCACGAUGACACACACGCCGGGGACCGGCGACCGCCGCGGGACGACGAUGACGCCGCGGAAACGCGUGAAACUCGGGUUGCCGUCGGCGACGACGCGAGCGAUCGCGCCACGCCGACGCAGGACGACGCGAAACAACCGAGCGCGUCUCACGAUGCGGCCGGCAGCGACUCGGCCGAUGCCGCUGCUCCUGUCGUCGAACGCUCGCUGUCCGACUGCGGAAUGUUCAGUGGCAGCGGCGGCGACGCGCACACGGCCCUGCCGUCGGUGGACGAGGACAAUGACAGCGUGUUCACGCACUCUCGUCACGGCUCGCUCGCCUCGCAGACCGGCCCCGUCGUCGCGGCGACGGGGACAGGGGGGAGGAGUCGGGCUUCGAGCUCGGCGAGCAUUCAGAGCGCAGACGUACUGGAUAAGGUGAAGUUAGCGGACAGCUGGACACAGGUCACGACCCCGGGACCGAUAUACUGCGUCGCUCAGUGUGACCGGUACGUGUGCUACGUCGAUCUCAAGGAGAACGUUUACUUCAGCGAGCUGUCGGUCGGACACAGCGUCAAGUGGCGGAUGCUGAAGAAUCGCCCCGCGCAGCAGAUCGCCGUCUCUCCAUCCGGCUGCAUCGUCUGGUGCCUGUACAACAGCACCGUGUAUGCGGCCCUCAAGGUGAGCAGGGCGUCGCCGGCGGCGGACAAGUGGACGGAGGCGGUGCGUGAUGUUGCCUUCAUCGCCGUCGACAACACGGCCGCGUGGUACGUCAAGGUGAACGGCACCGUGUGGAUGCAGAAACACCUCAGUCAUGGUCGACCGUGCUUCAAGUCCGAGCAGAUUUCAUGUGACUGGAAGCUUGCUCAGAUCUCGUGCCAGCACGGUGUAGUAUGGGCCAUCACCACAGAUGGCAGACUGAUCUACCGCGUGGGUGUCACUAGCGGUACGCCUGCCGGUACGUUCUGGCAAACCGAUAAUACAAGUGACAGCCUUCAGGUUCCUGUGUUGAACGUGGCAGCUGCAGAGCAGUCUGUGUGGAUGGCUGACACUCAGGGUCAGGUCUGGUUCAGAGCAGGAGUUACAGCUGACUAUCCCGAGGGAGACGAGCAAUGGUGGCAGGUGGUGAUUGGGGGCUACUUGGUCGCCGACAGCGGUCAGGAAAUGUCACUGGAUCGGCUCAGGUCGUUUGCACACAGCUUCUACCCGGACCGAAUCACAGGUUACUGGCAGCAGGCGGCCCUGACAAAUCUCAUCGUGUCGGUGAGCGGGAGCGGAGUGUGCAUCGCCGAGCGAAACAAGAAGACGAUGCACAUCUGCCGCGGAGGCAUUCUAGGUCACAUAUGGGAUCGUGUGGUACCACCAGAGAUGGCACCCUCCACUAAAUGGCUCAGCGUACAUGCUAGUGGCGUCAGUGGAUCCAUAGAUAGUUCAAAUCUUAUGUGGGCUCAGCAUCCGAGCGGAGAGUUGUUUUGCUUCCCACCAGAUGGCGGUAUGUUCUGCUCAGUACCCGUGCCCAGCAUUUGCACGUUCUCCUGCGUGAGUGCGGGCCAGAAUGCACUGUGGGCGCUUACUGGUGAGGGCCAGGUAUAUAUGCGAACGGGAAUCAGCGCUCACACACCUCAGGGCAGGGAUUGGGCUCAACUAGACCUCAGUCAGUUAGAACAAGAGAACGUGAAGUUGUGUCACUUGUCGUGCGGCGGUGAUAGCGUGUGGGCGUGUGAUACCGCCGGUAAGGUGUACAUGCGCGUCGGCAUUCAGCCGGACAUAAACCGUGGCUUCCCCGCCGUGUGGGUCCCUGCAGACAUCUACAGUUACACGAAGAUGUGUCAGGUUAUCGCCUCGCCUACCGACUCCAUGAUCUGGGGCAUCGACGUGAAAAAGAACGUCUUUGUGAGAAAAGACGUUAGCCCACGGAACCCGAUCGGUACAUCGUGGGUGCCUGUGCCCGGUACACAGGCAGAGCAACUGUGCCUCAGCUGUGCGAGCGUGUGGGCCCUGACCCCCGACUGCACCGUCGUACGCCGCGUCGGCCUUAGCUCCCUGAAUUACACGGGCGACUACUGGAAAAAACUUCCAAGCAGCUUCAAUCAGAUAUCAGUGACAGCAACCGGGGAACUAUGGUCAGUUGGCACCGACGACUUGCUGUACAAACACAGUGGCUACUAUUUGAGCACUGGCACUUCACAGGUUAGUGACACUGGAAAGGAAGAAGAGUGGGAGGUGCUAUAGAGAAUAUACAUAUCCUUAUGCACUUUAUAGCUGUUUAUUCCUUUAGUGUCGAAUACGCCAUCACAUUUACGACUUAAACAGUGUAGAGUAACCUGUGCUAGAGGUUAGUUCCUGCGAAUAUAAAAGCUUAAAGGAAUACUUUACUCUAGAAUUUGAGAGUAUAUUAUGAUAGUAGAUUGAUAAAUAAUAGCACAUACCU